AACCUGUUUCUAGCGUUAACUUGGAUCUCUAUUUUUAUUUUUUAACCACGGUUCUAAUGUUUAUAGAAAUCAAAGACUGACUGUGGAGAAAAAAAAAAACAAAACAUUUUUUUAAACAUGUAGUUCAGCGAGUGACGUUUGAGAUCACGUCGUUAUUGGAUACCGAGUUUGUCGGCUGUUAGAUGAAAACGUAUUUAAAUAAAGAAAUAAAACCCAGAUACUUUCCCGGUAAGACAAAUCAGGAUUCUUUUUAAAUCGUUACUUUUUCUGUCCUUGAACAUCGCGACUUGAACCGAUUCGAGCUGACGGUUUGUUUUUGUAGCUCCUUGUUGAUAACGUGGCUAAUAUCACUGCUAAAUAAUAGAUUCACGCUCACAUCAACAACCGUUUGGCAUUAAUCUGUUAUUUAGCCGUUUGGAGUUGACGGUAAGAGGGAAUCUGUUAUUUAGCCGUUUGGAGUUGAUGUAAGCGUUGAGCUGAUAUUUAGCCGUUUGGAGUUGACGGCAGAGUUGAUCUGUUAUUUAGCCGUUUGGAGUUGACGGCAGAGUGAAUCUGUUAUUUAGCCGUUUGGAGUUGACGUAAGAGUUGAUCUGUUAUUUAGCCGUUUGGAAUUGACAGCAGAGUGAAUCUGUUAUUUAGCCGUUUGGAGUUGACGUAAGAGUUGAUCUGUUAUUUAGCCGUUUGGAGUUGACGGCAGAGUUGAUCUGUUAUUUAGCCGUUUGGAGUUGACGUAAGAGUUGAUCUGUUAUUUAGCCGUUUGGAGUUGACGGCAGAGUGAAUCUGUUAUUUAGCCGUUUGGAUUGACGUAAGAGUUGAUCUGUUAUUUAGCCGUUUGGAGUUGACAUAAGAGUUGAUCUGUUAUUUAGCCGUUUGGAAUUGACAGCAGAGUGAAUCUGUUAUUUAGCCGUUUGGAGUUGACGUAAGAGUUGAUCUGUUAUUUAGCCGUUUGGAAUUGACAGCAGAGUGAAUCUGUUAUUUAGCCGUUUGGAGUUGACGUAAGAGUUGAUCUGUUAUUUAGCCGUUUGGAGUUGACGGCAGAGUUGAUCUGUUAUUUAGCCGUUUGGAGUUGACGUAAGAGUUGAUCUGUUAUUUAGCCGUUUGGAGUUGACGGCAGAGUGAAUCUGUUAUUUAGCCGUUUGGAUUGACGUAAGAGUUGAUCUGUUAUUUAGCCGUUUGGAGUUGACAUAAGAGUUGAUCUGUUAUUUAGCCGGUGGGAGUUGACGUCAGAGUUGAUCUGUUAUUUAGCCGGUGGGAGUUGACGUCAGAGUUGAUCUUAUAUUUAGCCGUUUGGAGUUGACGUAAGAGUUGAUCUGUUAUUUAGCCAUUUGGAGUUGACAUCAGGAGAGUUGAUUAUUCUUGAAGAAGUUGUUUUGGUAAAGUGACACCUGUGUGUCAGUGUUGGAGGCUUAUGGAGCGGGCCGACCAGCUGAGGGGGACCAGGCUGGUGAAGAACCAGCCCUAUGAUGAGAGCCUGGAUAUCGUGGACUCCGAGGAAGUGGCCAGCAUCUACAGUCCGACUCCCCGCAGCCAGUAUCAGGCAGAAUCCAGGAAGAUGGGCAUGAAGGGGCGUGGCAUAAUGUCAGCCAACAGUAGCAGCGACGAAAGUGGCAGCACGCCCAAAAAAGCCAAAGAUGCGACCUGUGGGCAUGCUGGGGCAAGUCCUAAAGAAGAGGAGGAUGAGGAGGAUGAUUCUGAUGAAGAAGAGACUGAUGAUGACGAUGAUGACGACGAUGAACCCAGUGAGGCCCCAGAGGGGGCGUAUGACCCUGCAGAAUACACCAACCUGCCCGUCAGCACAGAGAUCAAAGACCUGUUCCAGUACAUCACACGAUAUAAUCCUCAGUCCAUAGACCUGGAGCACAGCCUGAAACCCUUCAUUCCGGACUUCAUCCCCGCCGUUGGUGACAUCGACGCCUUCCUGAAGGUGCCGCGGCCUGACGGUAAAGCAGACAGCCUGGGUUUGGUGGUUUUGGAUGAGCCCAGCGUAAAGCAGUCAGAUCCCAGAGUGCUGUCCCUGUGGCUGUCUGAGGAGACCAAACAACACGGCCCCACUGAGGCCAAGGUGACGAGCGUGGCAUCUCCGCAGAUGGACAUGCGGGCCGUGGAUGAUUGGGUGGAGAGCAUUGGUGCGCUGCACCGUUCCAAACCUCCGCCCAGCGUGCAUUAUGUCCGUCCCAUGCCGGACAUUGACAGCCUGAUGCAGGAGUGGCCAGCUGAAAUGGAGCAGGCGCUGGAGCGACUGCGGCUGCCACCGGCCCGCCUGGACUGCAGCCUGACCCAGUACGCCGACCUAGUCUGCAGUCUGCUGGACAUCCCCGUGUACGGCAGCAGGAUCCAGUCUCUGCACCUACUGUUCUGCCUCUAUCUGGACUCUCAGCACAUUGCGCGCAGGGAGUAGGACCACAGGCGACCCCCUGCUGGUGGAAAUCCAACAAGAAAGAAGAAAUUUGACCUGUCUAAGAAGAUUUUGGACAGAGCUGAAGUCCAACUGACCUGGAUCAGGCUUUAGACUGUUCUUUCACCUGUUAGUCCACAGGCCUGUUGGUCAAAGCUGGUACUGCACCUGUUAUUACUCCUUUGUGCUGUUAAGUGAUUAAUUUUUGAUG